AUGAUCCAUGAAGUAAGAGGAUUGUGUGGAUGGGCGGCACCGUACGGCAGCUAUGGAGGCGCGCUCGGCUGCGCGUGGCUGUCCAGGGGUGCGAUGGGUGGCUGUCGCACGCGAGAGAGAUUGAGGGAGAGACUGUCGCGUGUGGCUGGAGCAGGUGGCAGGGUGCGUGGGCAGGCGGCGGUCAAAGGCGCUGGUGAAUGGGGGUGGCGGGGAUGGAGCUUGGAACGGAGGAGCUCAGCGAGCUGUGGGUGGACGGCCGUGGGCAGGGGAGCAGCGGCGGCCUUUAGAGCUGCUGAAGGUGGAGACGAGCUGGCGGUGCAGAGCUGGUGGAGAACAUCAGCGGAGAGAGAGCGUACGCGCAGAGCAGCGGCGGAGCGCCUGGGCUGGAGCUGCGGUAGGCGCGGCUGCCAAAAAUUCAACAGCGCUUGUGCAGAGCAACAGCGGGGAGCAGCGGCGGUGGCAGCUGGGUUGCGCGCAAGGGGCUGCUGGACAGAGCAACGGGCAGCGGAUGGCGUGCGUCCGUGGCUUUGGGAGGUAGCGGCGGCGGCGACUGGCGCGAGCGUGGCUGGCAGGAAUGGCUGUGGGCUGUGGGUGAAGUGGAGAGAGGCUGGUGAGGCGAUGGCAG